UCAGUUAGUGCCAGCUGUCUGUAACACACACUUGGCCUCUCAGAGCGACUGUUACAGAAACACAGUCCUCUCCUGAAGACACACAGCACUGAAGUUUGGAAACCAUGAAGGGGCUGCUGCUCCUGUGUCUGCUCACCUUGUUUCGAGGUCAAAGGUCAUCUGCAUGCCCCCACCUUUGCUCCUGUCAUGGCAGUCAGGUAAAUUGCAGCCGCAAGUCUCUCACCUCCUCGUCACUGCCCACCAGUUUCCCUGCUGGGACCACCUUCCUCCAUCUCCAUGACAACCGUCUGACCUCCCUCCCUAAUGGGCUCCUGGAUGAUCUGACCUCCCUCCGCUCGGUGUCUCUCCAUGGUAACCCCUGGGUGUGUGACUGUGGGGUUCUCUACCUGCGGGCCUGGCUGCUGCAUCAUCCCUCCACCCUCACAUCACACCUGGGCAUCAACUGUAGCUCCCCUCCCGGCCUCCGAGGGCGACUGGUGGUGACUUUGACGGAGAAGGAAGUGCUGGAGUCCUGCCACUACUGGUUUUGUGAUCUCGCUUUGGUCUCGCAGAUGUGUCUGUUUGUGUUUGUGCUGGUACAGGGGGCUCUGCUGGUGGCUCUUAUCGUGUUUCUGAAGAGGUUUGAGAGGAUGUCCAAAGAGGCGAGGAGGACCACGGAGGAGAGUUUCACAGCCGGGGAGAGGGAGAACGAGUACACGCCUUUAAAGGACACCAGCAUCUGAGAAAGAGCUCUGAUCUCUGAUUAGAUACAUAAGAAGAAGAAGUUGUUUAUUUAUCUGCAAACAAAAUGUCAAAAACAGACAGACAAAACGUCUCACUUGUGCUUCAGACUAUAAGCAAUUUGAAACCUGUGAAAAUUGGCUUUAUUUCUUUCAAAAAUGUGUGUAAAAAAAAGUCAAGAAAGUUACAUGAAAAUUAGUGAAA